AUGGCCAACACAAACAACUUCUUUCAGCCCCAGUUUCCAAAACUCAGCAAGGAGAACUAUGAAAAUCGGAGUAUUCAAAUGCAAGUUCUACUAGCCUCACAAGAUUUGUGGGAGUUAGUGGAUCGAGGAUAUGACGAUCCAGCUACUCUUGAAGAUGAAGGAAAUUUAAAUGAUACUCAGAAGACGACAUUAAAAGAUUCAAUGAGGAAAGAUAAAAAGGCCUUGUAUCUACUCUAUCAAGGCAUUGAUGAGUCAAGUUUUGAGAAGAUUUCAGCAGCAACAACCUCUAAAGAGGCAUGGAAUGAGAAGAUAUGGAGAGUAGAUGGAAUCUCUUCAAGUGAUAGAGAAGAUUCUCGAUCACUCAGUCCUAAGUUCGAGCAUGUGGUUGUAGCAAUAGAAGAGUCUAAGGAUCUCAGUGCCAUGACCACUGAUGAGUUGAUGGGCACACUUGAGAUUCAUGAACAAAGGAUCAACAAGAAGACUUCCUCAAGCUCUCUAGAGCAAGCUCUUCAAUCAAAGCUGUGUUUCAGAGAUGACAGAAACGAGCAAGGGGGGACAUCACAAAGAAGCCGAGGAAGAGGUCGUGGUUACGAUAACCAAAAUUCUGUUUUUCUAGGAAAAGGCGAAAGAGGUCCAGCCAGAGGAGGAAGAAGUCAACCACACUUUGCUCCAAGAGGAAGAGCAAGAGGUAGAGGAGGUGGUUACAACAACCGACUAGGAUUUGACAAACGCAAUGUUCAGUACUACUAG